CGCCCGGUCUUUCACGCCGGCGACGUAACUUCCCACCGUGGAAGUUUUAGAUAAGUUGUUGGCCGAGAUAAAAAACGGGCGGAAGUGUCAAGUUUACCAGACUCGGUGGUGAUGUUUCAUAUGUCCUUCAAAAUAAAAGCGCGGUUGUAUAUUUGAAUACACCAAAGGCUACCGAAGUUAAGCUAAUGUUUGGUUACACCCUUAUUGUUUUGUUAGUUGAUUAUUAUUAUUAUAUUUGUUGUGUGUGUGUGUAUAUAUAUAUAUAUAUACUGUGCAUUUUUAUAUAUAAUAUUGCUUUACUAUGUAUACAUGCUGUAAAACCAUUUCCCUUUGCAGGAUUAAGAAAGUAUCUAUCUAAUUAAUAUAAUUAGAAUCCUGUCAUACAGUUGCAUUGAAAGUGUUGUGUCUCUCCAAAUGUUUCACGUGCCAAGCUUUGCAUUAGAAAGUAAACGGCGAGUUGAUUAAUAGUUUAUAAUGGAACGUAUAUAUUACAGCGUAACUUUCAGCCACAUUUGCCCCAAUCAACCUAGGUAACUUGCUGUGUCUAUAUCUGCUAGCUCUCCUUUUGUAAUUCAACAAUAUUUGUAUGGUUUAAAUCGGGUAAACUUGAAGGGAAAAGUGUCUCCAGGUUUCUUUCUCAGCUUAACGUCACUGUAGAUACAUGCUUAUAAUAUAUAAUAUAAUUUUAAGUAAGGUUUCAGUCAUUAAUACUGUUCUAUAUAAUCCUGAGGCAAAGAGAGGGUCAUUAUUAUUAUUAUUAUUAUUAUUAUGGAGACGUCAACGAAAGCCAGUUUGUAGGGAUGCUUUUAUUCUGACUGUUACAUUACACUACUUCCGCUUUCUAUGCGUCACGCACUCGCUAGCUUCACACAAACCAGGUAGCGAGCAAGCUACCGACGGGGAGGCUGGUGCUCCGGGGGGACCGACCGGAGUUUUGACGCCGCUAGCUUAGCCAGCGUCGCCCGCUAAGCGAGUCACCCGCUGUCGUUGGUCUUCCAGCAUGCUAACAGCGGCCGCUUAAACCCGCAACACACACGACGCGCACCGCACGGGCGAGUCUCCGGUCCGGACUCCGCAGAGGUCCAGCGGAGCUGAACUUCGCGCGUAGCCAUGCGGCAGUGGUGCGUCCCCGCCGCGACCCCUCGCGCUGAACCACUCCCGGGGCGCCUGUCCGUGUCACCCCCUCCAUCGGAUGCCAGGAUGGAGUGCUGCUCGGUGGAGCCGCGCUACACCCUGGAACAGAUCGACCUCCUGCAGCGCCUGCGUCUCUCCGGCAUGACCAAACCUCAGAUCCUCCACGCGUUGGAGUCCCUGGAGAGGCUGGACCCGGACCACCGGCCGUCGCACUGUGACUCUCAACCCGCGCCGUCCAACGACAACAACAACAACACCGCCAACGCCAACAACCCGCCCGCCGCCGCCGCCGCCGCUCCGGCCCCGUCCUCCUCAUCCUCCUCCUCCUCCUCGCUGUCCCUCGCCUCCGCCACCACGCAGACGUCCGGCCUGGACGGCGCCGCGCUGUCGCCCAGCAACAGCUACGAGGCCUCGCCGCCGCCGCUCUACCCUCUCAGCGGCGCGGCGGUCCAGCGGUCGUUCAGCUACGACAUGAUGGGAGACGACGAGUGGGACCUGGAGGAGAAGGUGGAGGAGUACAUGAGGAGGGACAGCAACCUGGUGAAGGAAGAGAUCAAAACGUUCCUCAACAAUCGGAGGAUCUCUCAGGCGAUCGUGGGCCAAGUCACAGGCAUCAGCCAGAGUUACAUCUCCCAGUGGUUGCUGCAGCAGGGCCUCGAGAUGAGCGACUCCAAGCGCCGCGCCUUCUACCGCUGGUACCUGCUGGAGAGGAAUAACCCAGGGGCCACCUUGUCCAUGCGUUCUCUGGUGAAGGAGGAACCCGAUUGGAGGACGGGCAUCAUGUCCGGCGACAGGGCGGGGCUUGUGGGCGGGCCCCUGAGGCUGCGCAGAGGAAGCCGGUUCACCUGGAGGAAGGAGUGCCAAUCAAUCAUGGAGAGCUUCUUCAUGGAGAACCAGUACCCGGACGAGGCGAAGCGAGAGGAGAUCGCCAACGCCUGUAACUCCGUCAUUCAGAAACCGGGCUGCAAACUGUCCGAGUUUGAGCGCGUGACGGCGUUGAAGGUGUACAACUGGUUCGCCAACCGGCGGAAGGAGAUGAAGAGAAGAGCGAAUAUCGAAGCUGCCAUUUUGGAAAGCCACGGAAUCGAGGUGCCAAGUCCGAGCUGCCAGUCGAACGGUGAGGAGGGAGAGAUGCCCGAGUUCGCCGACCAGGUGACUCAUCGAUUCUCAGAGCAGGAAGACGCCUCCUCCCACAGGAUUGUCGACCAACCAGACGCCUCCUCGUCGGCGACCACAGAGGCCGCGGCGGCCCCGCCGAGCCCCCCCCCCCCCACCACCUCCUCCGCCGCCGCCUCAGGCCCCGGAUCGGAAGGAGGAGGAUUCGAAAAGGGAGACAGUGGACGAGGAGUGACCAAAGCUGGUGGAGUUUGGAUCAUAUUUGAAUUUCAAUGAGAUGAAAUGAGAUUUCAAUGGGAAAAAAAUAUGUCUCCACCUCCACCACCCAUGUAGAGCCUUUUGGGGCCAAUCGCACCCAAAGGUCAAAGGGAGAAGGGUGCUGAAGCUCGCUGGGGUGCCUCUGAUAGUAAGGAGGCCACUGUAUUUAUCAACAGUAAUCCUGCUUAUAUUAAUGGCAAUAUACAGUAUAUGAAUAUAUAUAUAUAUAUAUCGAUAUAUAGUGCAUUCCAAGAUGGUAUUAAAAAGCCUAAAUUCCUUAGAGGGAGGAUUAUGUAAUGGCUACCUCGCCCAUUUUAAGCUCCGCCUUUUCUUUGAUUCUUCGCUACAUGCCUUGUGUUAGCCUUUUAAAACAAAAGAGUGUUUGAUUGAUGGACUCUGGUGACGUGUGCUGAGCCUGCAGGUCAGGUGUGGUUGGGUGUAGAG